UUCCCCGGUGACGCCGCCUCCGGCCCGAGAAGCGCUGGCGGCGUUGUGUUGGCAACCGAGGGAUGGUGAUGGCGGCGGCGGCGGCAGAAGAAGGCGACCCGGUCGAGCGGGGCCCUGGCGCCGUUUACCACAUGUUCGUCCUGAUGGAGGACUUGCUGGAGAAGCUGAAGCUGCUCAACUACGAGGAAGAGGCGGCGCUGCGGAGCCACAACAUGAGGCCGCCCUCCAGGCACUACUUUGCAUUGCCCAUUAACCCUGGUGAACAGUUUUACAUGUUCUGCACUCUUGCUGCCUGGCUGAUUAAUAAAGCAGGGCAUCCUUUUGAACAACCGCAAGAAUAUGACGACCCAAAUGCAACAAUAUCCAGCAUACUCUCUGAGCUGCGGUCAUUUGGAAGAUCUGUGGAUUUUCCUCCUUCAAAGUUAAAAGCAGGCUAUGGAGAGCAAGCAUGCUAUGUUCUUGAUUGUUUAGCAGAAGAAGCUUUGAAAUUUACAUCCUUUGCAUGGAAAAGGCCCACUUACCCAACAGAAGAGGUAGAAGAAGAAGCAAUAACAGAGGAUGAUGCUGAACUGACUCUGAAUAAAGUAGAAGAAAUAAUUGCGGAAGAAGAGACAGACAAUGAGGAAAACUACAUUGAUCUGAAUGUUUUAAAGGCACAGACUUACAAAUCGGACAUGAUUGAAUCAAAGCAAGAAGAGAUUUUAGAAUCCACAGUAGAUGCUGCUGAAUGGAACCUUGAGGUGGAACGGGUUCUUCCACAACUGAAAGUUACAAUCAGAACUGAUAAUAAGGACUGGCGAAUCCAUGUAGAUCAAAUGCAUCAACAUCAAGAUGGAAUUGAAUCAGCUUUAAAAGAUACCAGGGGUUACCUUGACAAACUUCAUAAUGAAAUCAGCCGAACUCUGGAAAAAGUUAGCAGUCGAGAAAAGUACAUCAACAACCAACUAGAGCAUUUGGUCCAAGAGUAUCGUUCUGCACAAGCCCUAUUGAGCGAGGCCAAAGAGAAAUACCAACAAGGAAGUGGAGGUGUGACAGAGAGGACUAGAAUUCUGUCAGAGAUUACUGAAGAAUUAGAGAAGGUGAAGCAGGAAAUGGAAGAAAAGGGCAGCAGUAUGACUGAUGGUGCUCCUUUAGUAAAGAUUAAACAAGCUUUGACCAAACUGAAACAAGAAACCAUUCAGAUGGACAUACGAAUUGGCGUAGUGGAACACACGUUGCUUCAAUCAAAGCUGAAAGAAAAAUCAAACAUGACUAGAGACAUGCAUGCUACUAUAAUUCCAGAUUCUUCCAUUGUCGGUACCUAUUAAAUUUGUUUGAUGUUUAUUUUUUUAAUGCUAUGUAAAUCAUUUUGUGAUAUGACAUAUACACACACACAUAUAUAUAAAACUAUGUAUGUCAUUUUACAAAGCCAUAAAUUUUGUUUUUAUACAUGCAGUAAUGUUCUGUUUCUGUAUGAUUUAUUAUAUAGCUUUUUGUAAGAAAAAUGUUAAUAAAAUUUCAUUAACAA